CUUCAUAUUUGGAUCGAAAUUCACGGGCUAAGAUAAGCCAAAUGACAGCCUGAAGAGCAUUCUCACCUUAUUGAAUUUUGACUAUUCUGCUAAGGAAUUUUGUAUCGAAUUUUCUAUCAUAUGGACAUUGAUUGUAUCGGAGUUUUCGUUGCAAAGUGUGAUUCAAACUGAAACUAACUGAACACCAAAGAUAAGCUUCCAUUCUGCAAUCUGAGGCACUAUCUUGGUGGAACCCUAGGUGUGAAGCGACCACAUAAAGCAAAAUGAGAUUUGUUAGGCGAACUUAUUAGCGGCACGUAUACAUUUGACUAAUAUAACCUUCAUAACUUCGGAGAAUAGUGUAGUUUACGCUUCUACACAGAAUAUGGCAUUACUAAGGUUUGAAUAUGCAAACCGAUACCGCGGCUUUUCAAAUCAAGCAAAUUGUGUUAGACAGUGAAAACAUCGGGAAGGAGUUUCAAUCAUUUGCGAAAGACUGAAUAGCGAAAAAGCUUGAGUGUAGCUGAGAACUAAUCUAUCAGAUAUCUGUGAAAAUCAACUAAUCAAGCAAAUUAUUGCAGAAAUGAUGCACUUUAGGUCUCGAAAGGAAGAUUUCGAACUAGUGGAACCUCCAGAAGAAAAAUUAGCUUGGUGGUGGAUCAUACCAAUACUUGCGUCAAUAUGCCUGAUAGUGGGGCUUCCAUUCAUAGCUGUUUUUAAAUUGCCAACGCCAUUAAACAACGGCGAUGCUCAUCCCGGAAGAUUCAUUGCUGCUAGAGCAAAAAGUGUCUUGGAAGGGUUAGUUGCCAUUGGCCCUCGACCAACUGGUACCGUAGAAAACGAAGUAACUACAGUCAAGUUUUUAACUGACAAAAUAGCAGAAAUUACUGCCGAAUCACAAGGCCUUUACACUAUCGACACGGACAUUCAAAUAUCAUCUGGGAGCUUUUAUGAUUCUGGGUAUCCAACACUAUUUGAGUCCAUUCAAAAUGUAAUUGUAAAGCUUACGCCGAAAGGUUCAAACGACACAAAUGCACUGCUCCUUAAUAGUCACUUUGAUACUGUAGUUGGUUCUCCAGGGGCAGGAGAUGAUGGGUCAAUGGUGGCUACAAUGUUGGAAUUGUUAAGUGAUUUAACCAAAUCCAAAGGAAUUGUACGUCAUACUACCAUUUUCCUAUUUAACGGUGAUGAAGAAAAUGGACUAGUUGCAUCUCGUGCGUUUAUUACGAAGCAUAAGUGGGCAGGACUUGUAAGAGCAUUCAUUAACCUAGAAAGCAUGGGAGUGGGAGGAAAGGAGAUGCUCUUUCAAUCUGAUCCAGGGAGUCGUUGGAUGCUAGAUUAUUAUGUCAAAGACGCAAACCAUCCGUUUGCAUCUGUAAUCGGGGAAGAAGCAUACGAAAAUCAUUACAUUCCAUCGAACACAGAUUAUACUGUUUUCCACGAUAUAGGUGGCCUUUCAGGGCUCAAUUUCGCGUACAUCAACUAUGGCUACGCUUAUCAUUCACCUCUGGACAAGAUAGAAUUCGUUGAGAAUGGAUCGCUGCAGCAUACUGGGGACAAUUUGCUAGCUAUUGUGAAAGCGAUAACUAAUUCGAACGAGUUAAGUCAACCCAAAGAGUCACUAUCAAUGGGAAAGCAGGUGUAUUUCGACGUUUUCGGUUUGUUUAUGCUGAACUACAGCAAGGAAUCAGGAACAGCGAUAAACUGCGUAAUUGGGAUCCUUUCGUUGAUAGCUAUUGGAGUAUCAAUAUGGCUUAUUACACGUGACGUUGACACUCCGCUAUGUGAUAUUAGUAUACAGUUUGCGAUUAGUUUUGGAAUUCAGCUGUGCUCGCUGGCUGUUGCUGUGGGCGUAACCAUAUGCUUGGCAUAUUUGAUCGAUGCAGUCGGCUAUUCUAUGGCUUGGUUCUCACAACAGUGGCUUAUAUUCGGAAUAUAUGUUUGCCCUUUCAUAUUCUUACUUGGAAUGUUUCCAGCCCUCUUUUUAGACUGGGAGAAAUUUAUAUUUUUGCCACCUAGAUACAGUAUUCUUCUCUUUUUGCAUUCUCAUUGCAUAAUUUUGGUACUAAUAAUUUUCGUAUUAACCGGCAUGGGGAUUCGAUCGACAUUUUUGAUGACAAACGUUGUUUUAUUUUAUCUUCUUUCCCUCGUAAUCAAUCUUGCUUCCGGAUUAUAUAUGAAACCUCGCAUUUGGGUUCUUCCAAUUCUUUGGUGUCAAGUGGUUCCGCUGGCCUUUUCUAGCUAUAUUAUGGCAAUCCUUUUCUCAGUUUUUAUACCAGUAACAGGAAGGUCAACGUCCAACCCAGAACCUCUAAUAGCCUUGUUGGCGAUGACGUUUUGCUUUUUGAUGUUUGGUUUUCUGAUUCCAAUCGUCAGCAUUUUACAGAGAUCUAAGACAAUUAUAACGAGCAUACUUGUGGUUUUCGUGGUGUUUUUCAUUCUUACUUUUACAGAGGUUUGCUUCCCAUAUACACCAGAAAAACCAGAGCGGCAAACUGUAAUAUAUUCCCAACGUACCAGGUACAAUUCCGCAGGGCAAGCUACAUAUAAUGAUUCUUUGUAUUAUAUGACCCUUUGGGACAGCCAUUCACGUGAAACUAUACAAGAUAUUGCCAAGCAAAACGGUUUCAAAUUACAUUCAGAUCAGGAAGAUGAAAGUGGACUACGAUACUAUAAUAGUGACUUUUGGAUUGAAGCACCUCCACUUCAAAUUACUAAUCCAACAGGAUUGCGACUAGUUUCCAAAGAAGCACUCAAUUCCACAGUCUACAAAUACAGUUUCGAAAUGAUUGGCAGACCAACAAAAUGUGAACUAUUCAUUGCUCCAUUCAACAACGCAAGCCUGAUAGACUGGUCAUUCACUUCUGCCGGUAUAGAGGAACCACAGCCAUCAAAACAGCAGUACAAUGUGCGCGUACAAUUUGGAAAGAGUACUUCAGUGCCUUACACAUUUUCGCUGACUGUGAAGGUUGUCAAUAGUUCGAACGAAGCUUUAUCACUUGGAUUGCUAGACAUGUAUUUGGAAGAUGUCAGUUCAUACCCUGCAAGUUUCAAGAACUUUCUACAACUGUUUCCAAACUGGACAAGUAUACAAAGUUUUCGGGAGAGUUUUGGUAGAUACUUAUACUGAAUAUGUAUAAUAAAAUAGAUAUUUUCUAAAACCA